GUUCGGCAAAAGAAAGAAGUUCGUGCAAAUUUGUGUGUGUGUGUGUGUUGGCUUAGCGUUCAAGGAUCCUGUGGAAACUACUGUCGGGUGUCACUUUAAUGUGUAACCACGAAGCUGUUUGAUUACAUAGACGCCGCUCGGGGGACGGUUGUCGAUGUGAGAAAAAAAAAUGGACUUGCUUAGCAGUAAACAGGAUGCAGCUCCAGGUGCAGACAAAACAGGGCAAGCUGAAGAGAAAGAUCAAAACAGUAAGCCUGGCGAGCCUCUGUCAGCAGCCAUGCGAGCAAAGAUCGAGCGCAACAGGCAGCGAGCGCUCAUGCUAAGGCAAGCCAGGCUCGCCAGCAGACCUUACUCUGUGCCGGAAGGCGGAACGUGUGCCAAGGUUUCCAAAACCAUUGACUCCGGCGGAGGGUUCUUCAUCGAGGAAGAGGAGGAAGAGGUGCAAACAGUAAAGAAAGUUGUGCACCAGCCAGCGCCGGUGAUUGAACCAGACUACCUCCUGUGCAAUGACUGCUGCAAGCCGUUCAUGGACUCCUACCUCAGCAACAGCUUCGACCUCACCGUGUGUGACAAGUGCAGGGACAGUGAGGAGAAACACAAGCUGAUAUCCCGCACGGAGGCCAAGCAGGAGUACCUGCUGAAGGACUGCGACCUGGACAAGAGGGAGCCGCCGCUGAGGUUCGUGCUGAGGAAGAACCCGCACAACCCGCACUGGGGCGACAUGAAGCUCUACCUCAAGCUGCAGGUGGUGAGCCGCGCCAUGGAGGUUUGGGGCAGCCAGGAGGCCCUGGACGAGGCCAAAGAAACCAGGGAGGAGAACAGGGAGAUUCAAAAGCAGAAGCGCUUCAACAAGAAGGUGAAAGAGCUGCGUCGGGCCGUCAGGAGCAGCGUUUGGCGGAAGGACACCAGCACCCACCAGCACGAGUACGGCCCCGAGGAGCUGCUGGACGAGGACGAGGACACCUACAGGAAGGUGUGCACCACCUGCGGCCACGAGCUCACCUACGAGAAGAUGUAGCCGUUUCUCAGCCGCACCGAGGGACCAGGCACCAGGAAUUCCACAGGCUCCGCUCCCAAGGAGGGGCAUCGCCUUCACAUCCUUCAGUGAGGCACUUCACCUGCAUUACUUUGUUAAAAUGCUCACCUGCAUAGAUUAAUAUGUACAAUGUAAGCUAAUUAAGUGGCCCUUUAUAAGGGUGUCUGCUUAAAGCUUAAAGGAUGUGAAAUCCAAGGGAACAAGAAUUAGUGUGUAGCCACAUUUGGACAAGAGUUUUUUAAGUGUAAAUUUGGCACUUUCUUGGAUGUUUUUAUGGUGCUAAAGGUCAGUGUCUUUUUAUGUACACAAGUACUUCUUGAGAGGUAUGGUAAAACUUGAAGACGACUGUGCCUAGUAUUUAUAGAAUGCAGAAAUGUAUUUGUAUACUUUUUUUGACACAUGCAUAACAGGAACAAUGUUAAAAACAAAAUUUCUUGGGACAUGCGUGUCCUGAAGUAGCAGUUAAGUUUCAUGGCUGUAAAUGUUUUUUUCUCCCCUAUAUGUCAUUAUAGUGCAUCUGUAAUCUUCAGGUGCAGGCUGGGAUGUAGUGGUAUGUUGGUUGCAGAGGCUGGAGAUUUUUGAACAUGUCAUAUCUGCUUUGAGAGUGGAAAAAAACACUGAAGUAAUGUGCUAUCUAAACAGUCUUUGGACCCAAAACUGUACUGAAACCAGGAAAGUGUCAUGUGUAUGGAAAAAAGGGUUGAAAACCAUAAGAUGAAACCCAUUUCAUGAAAAUGGGAUAUGGAUGAGAUUAAAUGUGGUG